GGGGUUGGUUCAAUGAUCUCAAGGUUCAUAGCUUUCUUCGAUUUUGUCGAACACAUAUAGGAAAAAAAUACAAUGAUCUCUGCACUUUCUCAUAGUUACCUUUCCCUGCUUGUUCUUACAACCAUCCUUUGGAUUCUUGCACCAGUCGAGGCUCAAGGAAAUGUCACCGUAGGCCAGUCUCUUUAUGCAGAUGAUAGAAACCUCACUUGGCGAUCGAUUAACAGUGAAUUCGCCUUCGGGUUUCAUCCGAUUCCUGGUAAAAAAGACAAGUUUCUUCUUGCAAUUGGAUAUGCUCGGAUACCAGAAAGAACUAUAGUCUGGUAUGCUAAUAAAGAUAACCCGGAAACCGAUCGAGGAUCAACGGUGGAGCUCAUCGAGAGCGGUUAUCUUGUUCUUAGAGACCCCAAGGCCCACGAUUUGUGGAGGUCUCGAAGAGUUACCGAUGGUUCUCAAGUGUCACAUGCAGCCAUGCUCGACACUGGGAACUUUGUGAUCGUAAGCAAAAACUCGACCAACAUGGGAAAGCUUCAAAGAUCCAACUAAUACCAUCUUACCGACUCAAGAACUGGAUGUUGAUGGCAGUCUUCAAUCGAUUUCGGCUGAAACAAAUUAUGGUAAGGGGAAAUAUCAACUUCGUUUCGAUAAUGGAUCUCUUGU